CUGCGGUCUGUCGUCAUUCGCGGACCUCACUAUUCGCCUCUCGAAACUUGACAUAGCACAACGUGUUCGUGAUUGUGUUUAUGAAUUCUUAAUGUUGUGUUCUGUGAAACUACUGAAUUAAAGCAUUGAAAGAUGCCGUGUAACUGCGAGGUGGAGGUGGAGCUGGCGGGUGCGCGCACGCACCACGCCAGCUGCGAGUUCAGACUCACCGGCGCUAACGGCCAUACCAAACACACACCGCAUAGAAAAGUCUACGACGAAGAGUGUCUCCUGUCCGACGACGAUGACGAAGGAACGAGGAGCAGCAUUAGAUACCCAGAUGGCACGGUGCGGCUACGGAACCCCAACAUCGAGCUCAUGGACCAGGACAUCCUGUACCACCUGGCGCUCGGCAGCGGCUCGCACGACCUCGUCGAGAUGUUCGGUGACGUUAAGUUCGUCUGCAUGGGAGGCACGCCAAAGCGCAUGGAGCAGUUCGCGUACCACAUAAUGGCGGAGAUCGGCCACAAGCUGCCGUGCGGCACCACCCUGCAGGACAUCAGCCAGUUCUCCUACCGCUACUCCAUGUUCAAAGUGGGGCCCGUGCUGUCUAUCAGUCACGGCAUGGGCAUCCCAUCAGUGGGCAUUCUCCUCCACGAGGUGAUCAAGCUGAUGUACCACGCCAAGACCCGGGACCCGGUGUUCUUCCGGAUCGGUACUUGCGGCGGCGUCGGCUAUGAGGGAGGCACCGUCGUCAUUUCUGAUGAAGCUGUCGAUGGCGCGCUCAAGAAUGCUCUGGAACUGACAGUGUUGGGCAACAUGGUGUCGCGGCCGGCGAAGCUGGACCGGCGGCUGGCGCGCGAGAUCCGAGCGCUGGCCGACCCCGAGGACCCGUACGACACCGUCACCGGCAAGACCAUGUGCACAUACGACUUCUACGAGGGUCAAGGGCGGCUCGACGGCGCAUUCUGCGACUUCACCGAAGCUGACAAGAUGGAGUAUCUAGAGCGGGUGCACAAGGCUGGUGUUGUGAACAUCGAGAUGGAGUCGCUCGCGUUCGCGGCGCUCACACACCACGCGGGCAUCAAGGCGGCCGUCGUGUGUGUCACACUGCUCGACCGGCUCAAGGGCGACCAGGUUCUCGCUCCUAAGGAAGUGUUGGAUGAGUGGCAACAGAGGCCGACGAAACUUGUCUGUCGCUACAUUAAAAGGUAUCUGCAGAUGAAGGGUCGCCUGUCGCUCGACGGUCACGGCUCUGUGGCCGUCAAGAGUCCGCGCCGGUUCAAGCUCGUGCAGCAAGAGUCGGAGACCUACGACUAAGCUGCCGGGCGAGUAACUCCCCAGUCGACUAAGCUAAGCCGCCAGCUAGGGCGAGUAACUCGGUCGACUAGGCUGUGCCAGCGUUCAGGUAACUAAGUCAUCGGCCCGUCGCUAUGUUUAAAGUUACAGUUACGGCGCAGGAGACUAAACUAACGGAACGUAAGUCGCAAACAA